AGUCAUUGAUCAGUCUGAUGGAUGUGGUGGAAAAUUUGCAUGUGUGAUAGUUUCGGAAAAAUUUAAAGGAAAACCUUUAUUAGCGAGGCACAGGUUAGUUAACUCGACAUUGGAAGAAGAAUUGAAGACUAUUCACGCUUUUUCUCAGAAAACUUAUACUCCAGAACAGUGGGAGGAACAGAAAAAAUAAAAUGAUUAACUAUUAUCCUUUCGAUACCUCCAGUGUUACCACAGGUUCAACUUUUAAAAUUUCAGCUCCUGGUAAAGUAAUUUUGAACGGGGAACAUUCAGUUGUUUAUGGGAAAUUAGCUAUAGCAGCGAGUAUUGAUUUAAGAACAACUUUUGAAGUAACAGAAAUUAAUAUACCGGAUGUUUUAAUAAUACAGUGCCGUACUUUGAAAUUCGUUUAUAAAUACAAUUUAAUGGAUAUUGAAAAUUUUCUUUUAAACGUUCCCCUUCCUUUAUUAAGGGAUGAUAAGGAUUAUAAUUUGGAAUAUCCUCAAUAUUUAGAUCAUGAUAAUUUAUUAAAUCGAGUUGAUAAAUUUUUAAAACGAUUCCAUCAGAUAGAUUUGAUCGAAAAUCAUUUAGUGUCACUUAAAUCAAUUUUUUAUCUUCUUACUGGGAUUAUCGGAACGACGGAUUUACAUUUAACGCCUCUUUUAAUGGAUUGUAGUACAGAUUUAAAUACAGGGGCCGGUUUGGGUAGUUCGGCCUCUUUUGCCGUAGCAGCAGCCGCUAGUUUGAUUCAUUACGUAAAAUCGAAAUCAUCGAAUUUAUCGAAAUCUCGUUACAAAACAUCCGAAUGGGAUUUCGAUUUAACGGGAUUUUCCGAUAGGGAAUUGAGUUUUAUAUGUCGUUGGGGGUUUUCGGUGGAAAAAAUAAUACACGGUACCCCUUCAGGUUUGGAUAAUACGAUUUGUACGUACGGGGCCGUGGUGGAAUAUAGGAAAGGUGCGAGUCCGAUUAAGGUGAAAAUGCACCGGGCGCUUAAUCUUUUGCUCAUAAAUUCGAAUGUACCGAGAGAAACGAAACGGCUCGUUAUGAAAGUAGGUGAACGGCGUAAACGAUUUCCUCUAAUAUUGGAUCAUAUUUUGGACGCAAUGGAUGCAGUAUCGAAAACUGUGCUGGAGAAAAUGGAGCAAUUGUCUACUUUGACGUCUUUGGAUGAUGCAAUGGACGUUUACAACGAUUUAGCCGAUAUCUGGUCCAUGAAUCAAAGUCUUCUCGACGCCAUAGGCGUCGGUCACAAAAAAUUAACCAAAAUAAUUCAAAUUUUAUCAAAUUAUAAUCUCAGCGCUAAAUUAACUGGAGCCGGUGGAGGUGGUUACGCUAUUUGUUUAAUUCCUCCAAAAUUCGAUUCGGAUAUGCUGAAAAAAGCAGUGGCGGAACUGGGAACCCAAGGUUUCGACGUAAUCAACACCAACUUCGGGGUAGAAGGGGUGCGAUUGGAUAAGAAAAUUUGAAACGUGUUUAUCUGGGUUUAAUUCAUAUUUUGUAUUACUUCAAAUGUUUUUUUUAAUAAAAUGUUUUUCUUCAA